AUGGCAGGAAUUCCUGCUUUAUCUAGUCUCAAUGCCCCUCUAGCAAGCCUUGGUAACUCCGAUUGUGAGAAAAUUCCGCCAGACUUUGUCAAGAAAUUCGAUAAAGAUGUACCUCAGACAUUCAUACUUGAGGGUCCCCAGGGAAGUUCUUGGCUGAUUUUAGUCGUCAAAGUUGGAGAAUGUUUCUAUUUUCAGGAGGGUUGGCAAAAUUUUGUGGAAGAUAACUCCUUGGAGAAUGACGAUUUUCUAACUUUCUGCUACAGUGGUUGUUCAACAUUUUACGUUGAAAUAUUUGGCAAACACGGCUGUAGAAAGAAAGUUGCUUGCACAACUUGGAAAGACAAUGCAAUGCAUAGGAAUGACAAUGCAGUGGAACAGCUCCAUGGCAAAUCGAACAAUAGUCCUAAGCAAAUGGGAAGAUCAUUACGUUCCGGGACAAGGGGUUCAUGUUCAGAGAUUAGUCAAGCUGGCAAAGUGCAGGACAACUCGAGACACAAUUCUGAUCCUUUUAAAGUUCAACUGACAAAAACUUAUGCUAACAAAUAUGUGAAGUUUCCACGAGAUUUUGAAAAUGUUGAAAACCAUUGGAGGAAUGGAAAAAGCGCUUUCUUGCGGGUUCAGGGAAGAGAAUGGAAGGUGAACAUAGCGAAAAGUGGGAAAUAUUUUUUUCUUUCUACAGGUUGGUCCACUUUUGCGAAAGAGAAUUCUCUGAAAGAAGGAGAUGAGUGCAAUUUUGAGCUGAUAGAUAACAACGCUGAUGGUAUAGUGCUCAAAGUUAAUACAUCGAAGUUCCCAGAUAAGAGCAGUUCAUUAGAAGUGGCAUCCUUAGUUAAAAGCUACAAGUCAGGAGAUUGUGUUGUGGUUAUCAGAAUUGGUAAAGAUGGUGUUUCAUAUGCCAUUUGUGGCUACCUUUAG